UUCUUAAAUGAAAGGAAGUUGAUCAAGUCCGCACCUUUAUCCGCUUUAAGUGAUACAAGAUUAGGUAUAGACGUACAAACUUAUCUAAACAAACUAUUCUUGGAUUUCUCCACAAAGGAACCUAUGGUAGCUGCUAUGGGUGGCCAUCCAUUAGCUUUAAUCUCCCACAUAGAAUCAGAUCUCCGUUUCUUAGAAAAGUCACACAUAAAACCAGUUUUCAUUUUCAACGGUUUACACCCAUCUAAGAAACUCAAAUCUCAGCACAAUGAUCAGAGGUCUUUUAUUCGUUCAGACGCUUGGUCUGCUUAUGAGCAAGGUAGAAUACAAGACGCUAUUAAUAGUUUCGGCCAGAGACAAAACCUCUUUCAGCCUGACUUAUUGAGGCUGAUACAUAAACUAUUCAGACAACGUCACGUUGAAUUCCUUACCGCUCCAUACUUAUCUUGGCCCCAACUAGUAUACCUACUCAGUCACCCAAAGUCUUAUAUACACGCUAUUUUUGGCUCAACUGAACAUCUACUUUACCCACAAGUUGACAAGUUAAUCACUUCGCUUGAUUUGCAAGGUGGUACUUUCAACUUUGUCCAAAAAAGAUCUUUGUUGCAAGACAUAAAGUUAUCACAAGAGCAAUUCUUCGACUUAGGUUUAUUAGCAGGUAUUGACAUCUGUCCUACUUUCCCACCUGCCAGUUAUAAUUUUGAUUUUAAGCAACUCAUUGAAACAGUCAGACAUGCAAAGAGUGGUUGGUUUGCUGUACAAAAUUUCGUUCAAUCUCAACAAUCUAACGGUCAUGAAUCAAGCCAUUACGUUGAAUCUUUCCAAAAGGCUGUUAUUUUGUUGAAAUUCUCCUUAAUUUUAGCUGCAGAGGAAGGUAGAGUUUUGCCUCUUCCUUUGGCAAUUCCACCACCACCACCUCAACCUGCAUUAUCUUCUGCAGACAUUCCAUCAGAUUUGGGGGAUGUUUUCUCACCACGUUUGCCUGAUGAAGUUUAUUUCCACUUGUGUAGAGGUUUAGUUGGUCCAUGGGCAAUCAACACUCUCGCACAAGGUGGUUUCCAAGAGUUGCCUCCAUUAUGUAACGGUGAAACUCAAGAUUAUAAAAACUUUGUUAAAGAUUACAUAACUGAAUCAAACUUUGGUCCAAGGGCUGUUGCUAUUGCAUUGAUUGCAUCCACUUUACAUCCUUUCUGGCGGAAUAGACAAGUACAUGCUCAUUAUUACUUCCAUUCGCACUCUACACUUGUUCCACAUAACUCAUCAACCACCACUGACCUUAUAAAAAGAAUCGACCAUUGGAACGUACCUGCCAACGUAAUUGAAGAUGAAUUGAGAAGACAAAAUUCAUCCACCAUCGACUUUGCCUUAUGUCUUGGUGCUACAAGCAUCGAUAAAUCAGCUGAAAGAACUAUCACAGCGAAGAAUACCAAUGGACCAGUUUUGCAUAAGAAGGAUGAAAUCGUCGCAAAUACAAUUUGGAGAUUCUUGGAAUUGAGAUCACUUCUCACACCUCAGCACACUCAUACACCAUUUGGACGUGCUAUGCACAACGCCCUUACGGUUUCUAGACUGAACGAUAAAUUCCAAGAACCACUACUUAUUCUCGUUGAGCUUCUGCGUGCGAAAGUUCUCCAUGAUCGUCACUUCUCAAAUCGUCAAUUCUCAGGCGGGCCUUCAUUUGGUACUGAAGAAGAAAAGAAGAGCAUGCUUUUAAUUAUACGUACGCUAUCGAUCGUACCAUUACAAUUCAAGCCGGAACAAUGGUCAGGACCAUUAUCAAAGGAGUUGCUUGUCUUUAACUCAUUCCAAAAAACACUUUCAAGAUCAUUAAGAACGUUGGUAGAAUCAAUCUCUAUGAACGCAUUCCUCAAAAACAACGCAAGGCGAGCACGUGAGGACUACCUUGACAUCGCGUUAUCAUUACCUUUCCAAAACGACAUCAAUACUGGAUUCGGUAUCUUUUUCAAGAUCUACUUGGAUGCAUUGACGACAUUUGCAGAAGGUAGUAUCACAGAAGAAAAUAAGGAUAGUGAGAAUGUGAAAGAAGCAAAGCAAUCUGCCAAGGAAAUACUCGGUGAAGCAAUACCCAACGUCAGAGAUGCAGAAGCAGAACUCAUGCGUGGAUUUAGAUUCUGGGAUGCUGUGAGUAGUUUUUUGUCUUUAUACGACAGACUAAUGUUUUUUAGGUACUCGUCUGCGUUCGUACACUCAAAGCAGAUAAAGCCAUUGAUCUCAAGCUGGCUGAAUCAUUCGAAGCAGCUAAUAGCUACAUCAACAUGA